CGCGCGAACGCGAUCUGAGAAGAACAAAACAACUUUUCACGAGACAUUGUCGUCGUAAAUGCGAGCCAAGUUUCAGGGGAUUUGAUCGUCUUUUUUCGCGUCUCGCAUCCGCGCUACUGUAAAUUGACCUCGUACAUCACAGAACUGCAAGAAUCGACAGGGCUUUGGCAGCGUCCCGACGGACGCCUAGGUCUUCGGGAACGUCGCGAUGCUCCGCGAAGUUAUUUCAAAGAUAGUGGGGCGUCGCUCUAUUUCGGUCGCGCUAGCCAGGGUCGUUCAGUCUGCGGCCCGGCUUCCUUACCAGGAGGCCGCGGAUACGUAAUUCACACUUUAAUUCGCCCUCUUUCGUACGUCGAGAAUUAAUCGUCGAAAAAUAAUCGAGAGAUAAGACCGCGUCGAACGGAGCCUCAUCCUCGUGUGGAAACGCUCGCGCGAAUUCCAGAAGGCACUUCCGGUCGAAGAGGAUAAAGAGAGAGAGAGAGAUAGAGAGAGAAAAGGAAAGACAGAAAAAGAAAGAGAGAAGAGUUGUGUGAACGGAAGUGCCAGCUGGCCAUGAUUGCUUCCGAAAUAACUCCGUACUCUUGAUGGGAGAGAACAGUGCGUUGUAUCGAUACCCACAGGAGUGACAAACUUGAGGGAUCCCAAGAUCACUUGGAUGACACGAACGUGACUCGAUAUUAUUGAGUCUACGACAGUAAUUGGGAAAAACUUUUCUCUCGUCGAUAAUCGCAUCGAGCAAUGGAAUUUCCUCAACAUCCGUAAGUUUCUUUUUCAAAAACAAGAUAUUCCACGAAUGUUACACGACGAAAUAAGAGAAAUUUCAGAAAAACGAAUGUAAAACUUUGGAGGAGAAAACCUUGAGGAUUUGUAGACAAUGUAGAGUAGAGGUAAGCCGAUGCGCACAAACGAAAGUAUUUUUCGCAGGUAUUUAAAAAUCCGAAGCUAAAAGCAGACGAUUUAAGAAGGUUUUGAGAGAGAGUUGUCGCGACCAAGUGAAAUCCGCUGCGAAAACAGACAUGCUUUGGACCGAGCCCGACGAAGAGGAGGAGGCGCUGCUAUGCAGCCCCGCUCUGAUGGCCAGACGCGCCUCGGAAUCCUGGAUUAUCACUCCUCCGGUGGAGGCGAUGCCGGCGGCGGCGAUGCCUUUUCAACGAAAGAAGUCGCUGCCGGAUGUGGCGCAGCCGAUCCAGCUUGCGGCCACGGCGCCAUUGUCCAGAGAAGAAGUCAGUAUCCUGAGCAGCAUGAGGAGGGAAGAGGUUCGCAGACAGAUCGACGAAAGCGAGAGGCUCAGGGCCAAUCCGCUCUUGUACCUAGUCAGUCCGCAGGUUAAGGACUGGUUCUCGCGGCAGCAGCUCGUGAUGCUGGUGCUCUUUAUCAACAUAUCCCUAGCCUUGAUGUUCUUCAAACUGCUGACGUAGCAGCCAGCCGACGAUCGGAUUCACGGACUCGCGGUGGACGUGACCUGAGACCCGGCGGCGUCGCGACGCCUUGUGGGUAGUCACCGAGCCAGAAUUUCGACAGCGAACCGCGGAGGGUGUGGCCGCACCAGGAAUCGCCAAGGGAGCGACUUUCACGAGAGCGAUUCGUCCGGCCUUUACGCGUCGCGAGCGCUUCGCGAGGGAGAAUAUUUCGGAUCGACUUGGAAAGGGAAAACUGAAGGGGAAAAAAUUUGGUCGCGUGAAAGCGAUUGCAGUCUCGAGUUUCGAAUAACGAUCGUUGAGGAUCUAGGGAAAGACUUAGGGAAGGGGAGCGACACGAGACACGAGGAAAAACGUCCUUUUGAGAUAUAACACGGUGUUAAGAAAUCUACCGCCACACAAGAUUUUUGUCAUUGAAUAUUGUAAAUUAGAAAGGAUUUAAGCGUCAGAAAAAAUGAAAAGCAAACGCACACUUACGAGAGAGAGAGAGAGAGAUGCACCUUUCGAUAACUCGCCUAUGAUUUAAACAAUUUUCUCUUUGCGCUUUGAAAGUUUGACGCUCAGAUCCUUUUUAAUGGACGCACGUCAGAAAUGUAUUUAUUGAACAAACACAUUUUUGGAGAAAAAAAAACAACUCUCUCCCAAAGCACAGUUUCUUCGUGCGAAAAAAGGAGAGAAAAAGAUAGAGAUAGAGAGAGAGAGAGAGAGAGAGAGAGAGAGAGAGAGAGAAAAGAGAGAGAGGAGAGACAUCAGCAUACUUUUUGGAAAAUGAGAACGCGCGUUGCGCGACUCUCCAAGCCUGUGUAUAUCAUACCUAUUUUUACACAAAAUACAUAUAUUAUAAAUAAUGCUACUUGUAAGAGUAAGUCGAGCCCUUCUCACACAGACGGGGCGCGGAUUGAUCGUAUCCGAGAUUGCGGUACGGCGCAAAUAUACGGAUCUUUCCUCUUUAGUCACAAUUCGUUUCAUUCGCGGCGAUCGGCUCGAGCGCAGCAAAAUAGCGGUAGUCAAUCGUCAAUCGAUCGACUUUUUGGACAUGUUACUUGUUGGCACUUGAAGAGCGCUCAUUCUCUCUACGAUUUCAAAAAAAAAAAAAAAAAAAAAAAAAAAAAUUUCAGAGGCCGUUUUCGAUUCGACGCGGGGCAUUCGAGGGAAACCGAGAACGAUUCGCGUUCGCGAUUAUUCUCCGCAACGUUACGAUUGCAAAUUAAAUUCAACAACGCGUCGUAAUUGCCAGCCGCGAUGCCGACACGUGCGCGCGCGACGUAGAUUUGUAUAAACGCGCACGCAAAGCACUUAUUAAAACGUGUUUCGCGCACGACCACGACGAUCGUAAAAUGUGUACACGGUAAGAAGAGCAAAACGCUACGUAAACGCAUCUUUCCCCUUUUUUUUUUUUUGUUUUUUUUUUUUUCGAGCUCCGCGGAAUUUACAGUUACAACUACCGUUUUGACGACGAUGCGACGACGACGGCUUGAGAGAUAUAAAUAGUCAGUAUCGUCUUCCGUUUUGCGACAAGCCGAUGAUAAAUAAUGUAUUAUCGAUUCGAUAUUAAUUUUUACUUCGACGUAGUGACGCAUCUAUGAAAACUUGAAGUAUUUACCUUGCAAAGGCAAUCGCGAUUUACAGCUUUUGGACAAAUUCCCGUAAGGUUCAAAUUUAUAUUUCGUUUAUCUCGUUGUAAAGUUAACGAGCGCGCUUUUUUGAGAUGCACAUAAAAAGUUUUCACGCCAAAUAUCGAUCUCGAUUUGGAUGAGAAAUCGAACAAAAUUCACGUGUCAUUCUCGACUAUACUUGGUGUGUAUGUCUAUGUAUGUGUGUUUGUGUGCGUGUGUGACAUUGUUGUUUUAUAUAUCUGAUACGCAUUACAUUACGAUUCUGCGCCUAAAUAAAAAACAAUAUCACCUAUUGUGAUAAAAUUGUACGUGGAUGACUCAUGUUAUAUGUGAUAAAAUCGAAUCGCGCGUGCGAGCGUGCGAUAUGUCAUCAUUUUUAUCGAGACGCGCGUAAUUUCCGCAUGUAUAAACAAGCGCGAAUGUAUAGAAAUAUCUCUUUCGAGCAUCAAGAAGCGGAAUCACGACUUCAAAACUUGUCAACUUGAGAAUCGCACGGGGGAAGGACGAAUUUAUAUCCGUGAUUACAUAGAGCGCGCGCGUUCAAAACGCACAGACGCUCUUUGAUAUUCCGCACUGCUCUAGCUUGCAUAAUAACGCCUUCAACCGAUAAUUUGUGAGGGAAAACGCGGAACGCACACACAAUUCGCGAGAAUCUCCCCGAUAUCUUUCUUCCCCGCGCUGUCUCUGCGCUCGAGCAAUCGCAUUUUUUUCUUAAAAGCCUGUGACGGCUUGUGUAUAUCUCUAGACAAAUUUGUAAAUAAUUAUUAUGUAAACGUCAAUUGCGCAAAACGUUUUUGUCCGCGCACUACGCGUUAAUUCGUUCUCGCGCUCUCUCGAGAUGCAAGUUUUUGGCCGGAAAAAGAAGCGAGAGGCAUUAUAUACGUAUAUUAGUUUUUAGAUAUUUGUCGAUUAUAUAUCGAAGUUAACGGAUCUCGCUCUUUUUUUGAUUUUUUUUUUUUUUUUUUUUUUUG